UGCCAUGCUUUCCUCUACUUUUUUGCCGCAGCGCAGCUGAUAGAAAAUACUGUUUACAAAACAAACCAAACAAACCGGUUUAUUUCUACUCGGUGAAAUGUUUUGCACCUGAAUUCCGCGGGUGACUGCGCCUGGUGGUCAUUUAUACUUCAGCGCUGGGUGUGGGCGGGGCUUGUUGUCAUCUUCACCUAAUCAAAAAUUCACUUCCUGUUUACGUCACACUAGCACAGCUUACAACAAGCGCCAUUUACGGAAAAGGUGGUAUUACGGUUUGCUGCACCCGUCAAACGGAUUCCUGCUCCAGUAUCUCGGCUUAAUCCGUCUCGGUUCGUAACGUCAUCGACGUACAUGCACUGUGAUGUCCGCGACGGACUGGUACGCGCACAAGUCGCUCGAAAACGGCAUGUAUUGGAUCCAGGAGCGUUUCUACGAAUCGGGGAACAGAGCGAACAUCUGGCUGAUUCGCGGAUCUCACCAGGACGUGCUGAUCGACGCCGGACUCGGCCUGCGCAGUCUGCCCGAGUACAUCAACGCUAAAGGCCUGCUGGGAGACGACGCCAAGAGGAAAAACCCGCUGCUGGCGAUCGGGACGCAUGUGCACUUUGACCACUCGGGCGGCCUGCACCAGUUCCAACAGGUGGGCGUGCACGAGGCCGAAGUCGAUGCCCUGGCCAACGGAGACAACUUCGAGACGGUGACAUGGCUGUCUGACAGGGAGGUGGUGGAGAACCCGUCCCCGGGCUGGACGGCUAGGCAGUACAGAGUGAAAGCAGUGCAGCCCACCCACAUCCUACAGGAAGGUGAUGUCAUCAACCUUGGGGACCGGCAGCUGACGGUGCUCCACAUGCCAGGCCACUCCAGAGGCAGCAUCUGCCUCCAUGACAAGGACAACAAGAUACUGUUCAGUGGAGAUGUGGUGUAUGACGGCUCCAUGAUCGACUGGCUGCCCUACAGCGCCGUCGGCGACUAUGUGCGUAGCUGCCAGAGGCUGGUAGAGAUGGUGGACAAAGAGGAAGUGGAGCAAGUCAUGCCUGGCCACUAUAAUGCCUUCGGGGCCAAGAGGCUCCACCGUUUGGCCUCCACCUACAUCUCCAGUGCGGGAAUGUGUCACAGGUUGACUACCUGUGCAGUGAAGUCUGUAGCCAGCCUGGCACUUCGGGCUUCCAACUCCUGCUGUGCCUGUUCCUAGUUAUUAGAACUAUAUGCUACGAUAUACAGCACAAAUCCAGCACUGAGCAAUAAGGAUCAUCUGUAUUCAGAGGUGUAAGCGUGGAGGUAGUGUUUUUUGGAUACUCAACUGAUUGGAAUUAAAAAUGCGAAGUAAUAAUAAUAAUAAGGCAUAGGAAUAGAUUGUUAUUUCCAGGCAUAGAUAUUGUUCAAUCCAUCAGAUUAUAAUUUAAUACUCAGACAAUUAAGGCCAAGUCCAGAGUUAAGCUCGCAUGUAUCCAGGGCAGAAUGGCUUUUGUACACCCUUUUAGAAAUUUCCCAUACUGCCAGAUCACUAGAGGCACAACUCUGCAGUUACAAUGCCCCUUGUGUUUAAAGUGUCAGCAGGAUGACAUACUGGUAGUGAGUGUUAACAGUAACAUUUAUAUUAACCAAGAUCUGUCCUCUGUUAGGUUAAAAUGAAGCAUUAUUUCUUAACUGCAUUAUGAAACUAUGUUCUAAGAGCUCUAUACAACGUGUAGCAUAGACUAUAACCCAUGGUAUUAUACUUUCGGUAUUAUUGUGAUGCAUUUCGUUGCUCUAUAUUUAAUAACUGACUGCUGUUUUAGCCAAUUUAAGCAGUAUCAUUUUACCACAAUUUAUGCACACACUAAAGCAUAAAACCUUGCAUAUCAACAUUACUUACACACUUUAGUUACAUUUUUGUAACACUGGAGACCCUUUCCAUAAAUGUUAAAUCAGCAUCUCACUGUAAACUUCAUAUCAACAAUUACACACAUUUUUGUUUGCACAUCCACCAUACAGGUUUGUGUAGAAGAUUUAUUACAAAUAACUACAAGUGUCAGGGGUUUUUUUCAUUAUAUGGUGGUUUUUAAAUUUAAGAAAUCAGUAGCUUUUAACAUUCAAAUAUUUAUAUAUCUUUUUUACUACUACUGUACAUGAUUGGUGGCCAGACAGUUCUUUCAUAUCAUUUGUGUGCAGUGAACAAAAUUUAAUCCAGAGAAGCCCUUAAUCUGCUUUUCAAGUGGACCGGACUUUAUCUCUGGAGCUCUCUAAAUCAAACAUUGUCUGAAAAUUCUGCUUGUCAAGGUUACCUGGUUUGAUAACCUUGUCCAAAUUGACUGCAGACAUACCAAUACAUUUAAGUAACAUCGCCUAAGCAAGAGUGCGGUUAUACUGAAUAUCGGCUGGCUGUGAUUCGGAAUAGGUCAUCACAGCCGUGCUGAUAUUCAGUAUAACCACUUGACUGCGAGUGCGAUAUUGUUUGUAUACAACAGUUCUAUAAACAAGAAAUUAAUAUCAUGUAACUGACAUUUCAGACAGAAUAUGGCCAAAUGUUUAGUGUACUUUUGGUCUGUUAGCGGAAUUAGAUCCUGAAGACGUGACACUCAUUUUAUAGCACGUCGGCUAGGUCGCUAGCUAGAUCACAAUGAUUUGUACGUUUCCGUUAAAGGUGCUUCCGGUGCAAUUGGUUUCCCUUCUUCCUUUUAAUCUUUAUCUGGCAUUUUAAGUUAAAAGUUACAGUAUAUUCAUGAAAAAAUUAUCCUUUGCCAUGUCUGCUGAUGAUGUCACGAACACACUACUGUAGUAACCGUUUCGAACUAGGAAGUGGACAUUUAUGUAGCGAACACAAACAAGCAGAGUGAUGCGCACAAUGAAAUGUCCCAGUGCAUUUAACUAACUAUAAGCACUUUUGGAAUGCCGUUUGACCAAUCAAAUUGAUGGACCGAAACUAACUGUUGUAUAAUUAUGUGUAUAUGGAUAUCACAGUGAAGCGUACCGUAUAAUAGUUUUUGUGACAUGUUACACUUGAUGAUGUGGCUACAAGAUCACACUCCAGUGACUUCAUAUAUGCAGAAACAACUGAAAACCUCCAGCAUGCUCAGUGGUUGGUGACACAGUUCACACUGCAAUAUAGCUUAUAACUAAAGAAUUAAUGAAAGUUUUUCUUAAAUCCAACUCAACAUCUACUUCACUUCAUAGCUGAAACUGGGUGAACAAAAAGUCUUUGCAUUUUCAAUUUGAGCCUCAUAUUCAUCUUUAAUCCAGUACGGUUGAGUAUUCCACAAUUUCACAGAUCCAGAACAUCUGC